GGAUAGAUAUUAAGGAGGUGUUUUGCAAUUGGAUCCUGAUUAGUUUCAAGUAUAUUAGAGAUCAGAUACUAAUCAUACUAUAAUAAUGGCAACACAAGCUGAAUUUGAGCAUCCUAGAAAGGCCUUUGGUUGGGCAGCUAGGGAUACUUCUGGUGUUCUCUCACCUUUUAAUUUCUCUAGAAGGGAAACGAGAGAGAAUGACGUGGCAUUCAAAGUUUUGUAUUGUGGGGUAUGCCACUCUGACAUACACAUGCUGAAAAAUGAAUGGGGGUUUUCCCUGUAUCCAAUAGUUCCUGGGCAUGAGAUUAUAGGCAUAGUGACAGAGGUGGGAAGCAAGGUAAACAAGUUCAAAGUUGGGGACAAAGUUGGUGUUGGAUGCAUGGUUGGUUCUUGCCGCAAAAACACAUGCAGAAACUGUAAUGAUGCUCUAGAGAACUAUUGUCCACAAAUGAUUCUCACAUAUGGUGUCAAAGACACUGAUGGCACCAUCACCUAUGGGGGCUAUUCUGACUUAAUGGUUGCUGAUGAAAACUUUGUGGUUCGAAUUCCUCAAGGGUUUCCUCUUGAUGCUGCUGCUCCUCUCCUUUGUGCCGGGAUCACAGUGUAUAGCCCUCUUAGAUAUUAUGGACUUGACAAGCCUGGACUCCAUGUGGGUGUGGUUGGUCUUGGUGGGUUAGGUCACAUGGCUGUUAAGUUUGCCAAAGCUUUUGGGGUUAAGGUAACGGUGAUCAGCACCUCCCCUGAGAAAAAGGAUGAAGCAAUUCAACUUUUAGGAGCUGAUCACUUCCUUAUAAGUCGUGACCAUGAUCAGAUGCAGGCUGCAACGGGCAGUUUUGAUGGUAUUAUUGACACAGUUUCUGCCUUCCAUCCUUUAUUGCCUCUAAUUAGUUUAUUGAAGUGUCACGGGAAGCUUGUAAUGGUUGGUGCGCCGGAGAAGCCUCUAGAGCUGCCAGUAUUUCCUUUAAUUAUGGGAAGAAAGACAGUUGCCGGUAGUACCAUCGGAGGGAUGAAAGAGACACAAGAGAUGAUUGAUUUUGCUGCUAAACAUAACGUGAAACCUGAAAUUGAGGUUAUUCCUAUUGAUUAUAUUAACACAGCAUUAGAGCGUCUACUCAAAGCUGAUGUCAAAUAUCGUUUUGUCAUCGACAUUGGAAACACUCUAAAACCUACCACUUGAAGCAUUUACUGUCAUAUCUUUGUGUUUUGCGUUUUUAAUAUAUUAUUCUACUACUAUGCACUUCCUUUCACUACUACUACAAGUUAGUGAUCAAAUCCAGGGGAUGAAGGUGGAGGACCUUCUAAGCGGAUAUAAUCAUACAUGACUCCUUGAAAAGCAGUUAAAGCUUUAGAUUGCUUCAAAUAGAUGAUGUUCUUUCCUUUCACCAAAUGCUUCCCACUUACACCUAUGCUAUAGAGCCUAUACAAUCCAUGGAUGCCAUGCCUUGCUAUGGCAUUGUCUCCUCCUACUUGUCCUGUUGUGAAGUGUGCAGGAUUUGCAUUUUUAGGGUCAUUGAACCAAACCUGAAAUAAAAUCCAUUUC